CCAAAGUCCGGCUUAGCUGUGCCAGUUCAAGGUAAGACUUCAUCCUGGGUGAGAGGACAGCAAGCCACAUCUGAAAGACAUGUCCUCCAACGUCACGCCUCGAGAACUCACCGUAACCAAACAGGACGGCAAGGGCUAUGGAUUCUUCCUACGCGUGGAAAAGGAUGAAGUGGGUCACCUUGUCCGGUCUGUGGAGAAUGGAAGCGUUGCAGACAAAGCCGGGUUAAAAGAUGGAGACCGCGUGCUGAAGGUCAACGGGGUCUUUGUGGAUGACAAGGAGCACCCUGAGGUAGUGAAUUUAAUUGUGAGCAGCGGGAAUACUGUGUCGCUAUCAAUUUUGGAUGAAGCUUCCUAUUUAAAUGCCAAGAAAAAUGGGUCUGACUUGUCUGGCAACAAGACCGCACCUCCAGCUGAAGCGGCUGCAGCAAUACCGACGCUCUGCUAUUUGGUGAAAGAUAAAGGCUCCUUCGGAUUCUCUCUAAAGACACUAAAAGGCACCAGUGGUGUAUACCUGAAUACGACACCUGGCGGUCCCGCUGCUAAAUCCGGCAUACAGCAGGGCGAUCGCAUCAUUGAAGUAAAUGGCAAGAAUAUUGAGGGCAACUCUUAUGAUCAAGUAGUCACACAGAUAAAGGAGUCUGGAGAUUCCGUCAUGUUCUUGGUAGUUGAUAAAGCAACAGACAAUUCCUUCCAGCAAAAGAAGACAAAAAUCACAGCGGAUCAGGCUUCAGUACGGCUGCUGCCCAACCCUCCGAGAACUGUGGAGAUGACCAAGAACCCGGAUGGCUACGGCUUUUACCUGAGACAAGAGAAAGUUCGCAAAGGUCACUUCAUUGUGGAUAUUGAUCCGAAAAGCCCGGCAGAGAAAGCAAACCUGAAGGACUAUGACCGCAUCGUCGCUAUUAAUGGGGAAUGUGCGGAGCAGAUGCAACAUGAGCAGGUGGUGGAAGCCAUUCGGAAAGGAGGAAACAAGACCACGCUACUGGUAGCAGACAAAGCCACAGAUGAAUUGUAUGCCAAGGCUGGCCUCUCCCCGUUCAUCUAUUUAAAACAAUCAGAGGUUCCCACACCAGUAAAAGAAGCUCCAAAACCAACAGAAACACCAGCCACCCAACCAGCUCCAGUUCCAGCACCAGCGGCCGCAGCACCUGCAGCAGCACCAGCGGCCUCACCAGCAGCGUCAGCUCCCACUUCGUCUCCAGACCCGAAUCACAAGCCCAGACUCUGCAGAGUAAAAAAAGGGAGCGCAGGGUUUGGCUUCAACCUGAAUGCUAUCAAAGAAGUACCGGGGCAAUAUCUGAAACAGGUUGGGAAGGGCGGCCCGGCAGAUGUGGCUGGGAUAAAAGAGGAUGACAUUCUGGUGGAAGUGAACGGUGUCAAUGUAAUGGAGGAGGCGUAUGAUGACGUUGUGAUGAGGAUCAAACAAGCCGGAGCCGAGAUUACACUCCUGGUGGUUUCACCGGACGCUCACGAACACUUCAAGGCACAGAAUAUCCAAAUAACAGCAUCCAUGGCCGACCCUCUACCCAAAGCCGAAAGUACUCCCAGCGCUGAUCUGACACCCCCACCGAGCAAGGCAAAGCCGGCGCCUGAGCCAAUCGUACCGGUGAGCAACCACUCUGAUCUGACACCCCCACCGAGCAAGGCAAAGCCAGCGCCUGAGCCAAUCGUACCGGUGAGCAACCACUCUGAUCUGACACCCCCACCGAGCAAGGCAAAGCCGGCGCCUGAGCCAAUCGUACCGGUGAGCAACCACUCUGAUCUGACACCCCCACCGAGCAAGGCAAAGCCGGCGCCUGAGCCAAUCGCACCGGAAAAUAAAACAUCGGAGGAUCAGGCACCCAAAAAAGAAAGUGACGAUGACACCGCACUAUAACCACUAAGUUGCUCCACUUGCAGAUGACAGACGAGAGGCUGGCGCAGGGUAAAUGCCGCGGUGCUUCUGAUAAAAUCCCGGCUCAGUCUUUAUAGUCACGGACUGACACUCAAAAGAAAUUGUCCACAAGGUGCCAUCACUGUGGGGGCUGCGAUAUGAUUAGAAUUGAAUGGCUGGCGUCCCAGAUUAUUGAUUACCCGGCUAGUGGAUAAGACGGUUGUUCUGUAAUGAUUAAGCCCGGUGCAGUAUUAUCGCUUCAUUCCAAGUUCAAAACAACAAUAAAAUGUUUCACUUUA